UGGGCGUUCUUGUUGUAUUUGUCGUUGUUGGUCUUGCUCUUGUUGUGCUUGCUCUUGCUCUCGCUCUCCGUGUGUAGGACAAGUGGCAGCAUGGACAACUGGAUUACGCGCAUCAACACCAUUGCCGCUACUUCCUCGGCUCCGCCACUGCCGGCACCGGCAACAUCACAGCGUGGGUUCCAGCGACCGGUUCUGCCAAUGUCGAGGUCAUCGGAGACGCUCGAAGAACAAGUCGCGCGCUACCGUGCGCAACUCCGGCAACUCCGCGAUCAGCUCAGUGUCCACCAAUCCGAGGAACGCGCUGCCAAAUCACAAGGCAAACGAUCUUGGCAGCAAUGGGAAACAAAGCAGGAAUAUCUCGAGUUUGAAUUGCAGCGCGUCGCCACUUACUUCGACAUUCUCAACGCAAUGCACAAGACAUCCGAUGCCCUCACGCUCCGCCGUCUCCGAUCGUCAGCAAGACGAGACCACGAUAUCCGUCAGCUCACCGCGGAGACUCAGGGUGAGACUCGCUGCAUGCCAUGCAUGAGCAUCUGGGCCUGA